CUAACGCUGAUGCUGAACUCUGCUGCUGUCCCGAAGCUGGAUGUAUCGGACAGCUUCUGUUCUCUAUGAAAAGAAACGAUUUAAAUCAAUAGUUUAUUAUUUUAAGGAACAGUUUUGAAUCGAGAACUAUAGUUGUGGCAGAAAAGAGGGCAAGCUUGUGCCGCGUGGGGAGGACUUUAGAUCCAACCACGGAGCUCGCGCUCUGCGCUCGCGCUGUUCGGCGGUGACCCUGUGCAGAAUGAUGAGGCUGCGCUUUCUCCUCAGACAUCUUUUUCUCUGGGCUGUGUUUUCACUUCCUCACGCCAUGCACGCUCAAACAGAGCUCCCUCCAGAGUGUGCGCCUGGUGGCCACCUGGUCCUGCAGGAUCCCUACCGCAGCACCACAUUCAGCUCCAGCGAAUUGCAGAAGUCAGCGCUGCAUGACAUCAUCUGUGACAACUCCCUCUCUCCAGGCUGGUACCAGUUUCAGAUUCUUAAAAAGCGGGCCAGUAUGCCCACACAGUGUGUGGAGGUGAACCACUGUGGGACCCAGGCUCCCCUGUGGCUGUCUCUGGAUGAUGGUGAGACCCUUCCUGGACCACUGGAGAUAAGACAGCUGAAAGCCUGCGCUACCUGGAAAGUCUUUGGAGGCAACAGCAAAGACUGCUGCAUGUUUCACAUCCCGGUCUCCGUCCGGAAUUGUGGAGAUUUUUAUGUUUACCUGCUGCAGCCCACACCAGGAUGCAUGGCAUACUGUGCAGAAGAGAUGUUGCAAACGUUACCCACAACGGCUCCCCUCUGUGGUCCUGAAGAAGUAAACCUCGGUGGAUUAUGUAAAACUAAACUGCCCCCUUCUCAAACUGUGCCUGUGAUUGUCUCAGAGGUGAAAGGUAACACAGUCUACCUGAAGUGCAGCUUUAACAGCAGCUCCAGCAGCUCCCUGGGCUGGGUGUUAGCCUGGUCACGCCUCUUACCUGAUGGUAGAAAGGAGGAGCUCAGACAGGAGACCACCAUCCACACCUCUGCCCUUAUCGAGCUGGAUGGCUUCAACCUGCGGUUGGGGGACAAGAUUUAUUGCUCCAGCACCAGUUUCUUUUUGGACUCGCCAGACAUUUGGGGAACUCCAGUGGAAAGCCAGGAGUUUUUCGCUGGAAUAAGAUUAAAACCUGAAGUGAGCCGAGUAUCUGAGGAUGGAAGGCAGUAUGAGCUUCUGCUUGAGAGUACGAUUCCUGUCCCAUGUCUGGAUGGUUCCUUCUCUUCAACAGAAGACUGUGUUUUAUCUCUGGAGUUUGUGACAAGCAGUCAUGAUGAGGAUUUGUUGGAUGCAGAUUUAUCUCUGUCAUCAUGUAAAGCGGAUCUGACCCAGGGCCCCUGCAUCGACGGGAUCUGUAGCCGGAAUCUGAUUCGCUUCAGCCCCAACACUGACUUUGUCAGGGAGACGGAAAGGACCAGUCACAUCUCAGUAAAACCCAUCGUCACACAGAAUUUUCUUUGGAAUGGGUACUCACCAGACCCUGUUCAGAUAACUGUGAAUGAUGUUCCACCAGCAUAUUGCUACUCCUUCACAGACCCCCACAUUAUCACCUUUGAUGGCAGGUACUAUGAUAACUAUCAAAUAGGCACCUUUGUUCUCUACAAGAGUAACCGUCGACCUUUUGAGGUCCAUGUCCGUCAGUGGGAGUGUGGCAGCCUGGUGCACGCUGCCUCCUGUGUGUGCGGCUUUGCGGUGAGGGACGAAGGCGACGCUAUCACCUUUGAUAUGUGUGAUGGUGAGAUGGGUGAAACGAAGCCUCAUAUCUCUGUGAAAAGCGGACAUACGAGUCAAAGCAGCUUUCGGAUCAGUGAGUCUUACCAAGGACGCAAAGUCACUAUCACAUUCUCCUCUGGAGCGUUUAUACGCGCUGAUGUCUCCGACUGGGGAAUGAGUCUGACUGUGAGGGUCCCAGGUUCAGACCAGAACCAUACCCAAGGUCUGUGUGGGACGUUUGAUGGACGCGCCGACAAUGACUUCCACUCAGCAGGGGGCGCUACCCUGGAGCACCUGCAGGAUUUUAUAUCUGAGUGGAGACUCCCUGCAGGCGGCAGCUUGUUUGACUCUGUGCCUGCCCGUGUGAACACACCAAACACCCACAGGUACUGCAGCUGUCAAGCUGUUCCCCUCAAACCAACCCAAGGAUCCGGAUCCUCUCACAUCUUCUCUGACUCCACCUGCUCCGGUCAUGGACUCCAUUUUCUGAGUUUUAUCCCAGCUCUGGAUGUCACAGCAGAGUAUAUCAGUUCAAUUAAGCUGCAAAAAGAAAAUGAGACACAACAGCUCGCUGUAGCUCGCUCUUACAGAAAGUUAGGUAAAAGUACUGACAUGCAAGGGGCAUUCACAGACAGAGCAUCUUCAGCUCAGCUACAAAACCCCCGAAUCAAGAAAACAAAUCCUUACACACCCACUUCUCUGCACCAAAGCUCUCCGUCUCACCCCAGGAGCUUCUCGUACUUUUUCCCUGAAGACCAUGAAUCCUCUUUUCAGCCAGAAGCUCCUUUAAAGUGGCCGACUCCCUCUGGUCUAACUCAGUCGCAGGCUCAGGCUCAGUGUGAACAGACUGUGGUAAACUCAAGCAUCGCUGUGGGCUGCAGACACCUGUUAGGGGAGCCAAUAAUCAGCCAUGCUGUGGCCAUGUGUGUCGCAGACUUGCAGCUGAAAGACGAGCCAUCCUGGCUGAAUGCGACCUUAGCGCUGCUGGAGAACGAGUGCGAGCGAAAGUUAGUGGAGGAGGGAAAGAGAUGGGAGAAGCACUCAGAUGCUGUGUCCAUCCUGAGGUGUCCGAACAUGUGCAACGGGAACGGCCAGUGCUCCGAGUGGGGGUGUGUCUGCUUCCCUGGAUUCGGUUCACACGACUGCAGCGAGCUGACUGAUCAGAUUCCAGAGAUUACCAAGUUGAUGAAGGAGGGUCUGUGUAACAUCCGUGAAGAAGACUGCUCCUUCAUCCAGGUCUUUGGUCAGGGUUUCAAGGACUCCAGCCAGCUCAAGUGUGAGUUUGUUAAAGAAAAGUUUGAAGAUGGGGAGUGGGCCAUGGCUGCUCCUCACUUUGUUCAGGCUACUUUCCUAAAUGAAACAGGUCUUGAGUGCCGGCUCCCCCUGGAGGACAGCAGGGUUCCUGCAGACGCGAGCCCGCAGACGGUGACAAACAGGGCCGUGACUCGCUGGCAGAUCAAAGUUUCAAAUGAUGGCUACAGCUACAGCAACGCAAAGAUCCUGACUCUGUAUGACGGAGCUUGUCAGACCUGCAGCCGUGACACAGAAAUCAUCUGUGCCCUCAGGGAGAAGACCUGCGUCAUCGGGGGGUUGUGCUACAGUGAAGGGGAGUCCAGCCCCAGCAGUCUGUGCUUCACGUGUCGUCCAGAUCUGUCCAAACACACAUGGUCCAAAGCUGAGAACAAUGAGCCUCCAUCGUUCCAGCCACCGCAGAUUCCUCUUCGCUCCUUCCAGGGGGAGAAUUUCCUUUACCAGCUGCAAGCUCAGGACCCUGAAGGCUCACCAGUUCUUUUCAGCCUGGUUUCAGCUCCCAAAGGCGCUUCGCUCACUUCAGCUGGACUGCUGAUGUGGAAGGCAACCUCUGAGCCCAAGGGCACCCAGUCUUUUCAUUUUACUAUGACUGAUGCCUGCAGUGCUAAGACCACCGCCUCUGUCCAGGUUUCUGUGCACUUUUGCGAUUGUCUGAACAUGGCGUCCUGCAUCACCAAUAGGAAUUUCCCCAUUGGAAGUGGGGAAUACAUCUGUGUUUGUCCUGAUGGGUUCACAGGACGGAGGUGUGAGGUGGACAUAGACGACUGUAGACCGAACCCCUGCAGACUGGGCCGCUGUAUCGACGGACCCAACUCUUUUUCUUGCAUCUGUCCGCCUGGGAUGACGGGACGGACGUGUAGAGAAGAUAUAGAUGAGUGCCUCCUGCAGCCGUGCUUCCCUGCAGUGAGCUGCAGCAACACACUGGGCUCUUUCAUCUGUGGAUCCUGUCCACCUGGAUACAGUGGUGAUGGCAAAACCUGCAAAGAGGAAAAUAUCACAGGUUCUCCAGAUGUGACACCAGAGAGAAUACCACAGAUUUCUCAGAGACCCAAACCAUCGGGUCCUUCACCGUGCAGCAGGGCGCCAUGUUACCCAGGAGUUCUGUGCUUUGAAACCAUUCAUAUAUCCGCUGGUUUCGCCUGUGGACCGUGUCCACCUGGUCUCCAAGGAAACGGACAAAUGUGCACUAAAACUGGUCAUGAUAUACUCAUCAGUGGAGCAAAUAGUUGGACUCGCAACCCUGCAUCUAAUUCCACCCAUGAAAGGACCUCCAUCUCUUCUUCUCCUUCAUCUUCUGCCUCACACAGCCAACCGUCCGACAGAAGGCGGAGACCAGAGAAGUCCACCUUAAGGAGAGCUUCUUUCAAAGACCAACAACCAACUGGAUCUGCUGAGAACAAAACAGCAGCUCAAAUGUUUGGCUCUACUGUCCAAAAAGUGCAGCAGAGCAGGGUCAGCGGGAGGUUAAACAGCCAUCAGGUGACCUGCGAUGACUCUCCCUGCUUUCCUGGUGUUCCCUGUGAGCCAACAGGCUCAGGAUCCUUCAGGUGUGGACGCUGCCCACAUGGCUACACAGGGGAUGGAGUCAUAUGUAAAGCUGUUUGCAGAUAUCAGUGUGGGCGGAACAUGGAGUGCUCUCUGCCCGACAACUGCACCUGCAAAGAGGGAUACACCGGAUACAGCUGUCACAUAGCUGUGUGUCGACCCGACUGCCAGAACCAGGGGAGGUGUGUGAAACCCAAUGUGUGUGAAUGUCCUGUGGGCUACAGCGGCCCCUCCUGCGAGGAAGCGAGCUGCGAGCCGCCGUGUCAGCAUGGAGGAACUUGUCUGGCCAGAAACCUUUGUACCUGCGCCUACGGAUAUGUGGGGCCCAGAUGUGAAAUCAUGGUGUGUAACAGGCACUGUGAAAACGGAGGCGAGUGCGUUUCUCCAGAUGUAUGCAGAUGUAAACCAGGCUGGAACGGACCAACAUGCAGCUCAGCUCUGUGUAACCCGGUCUGUCUGAAUGGAGGAGCGUGUGUGAAGCCCAACAUCUGUGCCUGUCCCAGCGGCUUUUUUGGCUCUCAUUGCCAAAUUGCUGUUUGCAAUCCACCCUGUAAGAACGGAGGUCAGUGUAAAAGGAACAACAUUUGCUCCUGCUCUGAAGGCUACACAGGGAAAAGGUGCCAAAAAAGUGUUUGUGAGCCGAUGUGCAUGAAUGGAGGCAAGUGUGUCGGACCGAACACCUGCUCCUGUGCUUCAGGCUGGAGGGGGAAGAGGUGUAACAUGCCUGUUUGUUUGCAAAAGUGUAAAAAUGGCGGUGAGUGCGUCUGGCCAAACACGUGUCAUUGUCCUUCGGGCUGGGAAGGUCUGCACUGUCAAACACCGAUCUGUAAACGGCGCUGCCUGAACGGAGGCCGGUGUGUAUUACCCGACCACUGCCACUGUCGGCGAGGCUUCAAAGGCCUUACUUGUGCUACAAAGGCUUCGUAUGCAUGAGAAGACGAGAUGAGGAAUUAUGAAGGAUGCAAGAGAUAUAAAACAGGAGGAACGCUUUAAGUGUGUAUCUGAGCGUAAGAUGGAGAACAACGUUCACAUGUAAACUAAGCAAAGGACAGGAUUUAAUUCACUUGUGUGUUUUGGUCCCUUCAUUUCUCUACCUCAAGGUUUAAAGAAAAAUCUGUUCAUUUAAAGAACUUUGAAUAUAUUGAGUUUUAUGCACCCGAGAUGCACAUACCCUGUCAGAGACAUGUUGGGGUGUCAUUUUAAACUAUUUUGCAACCUUUUCUUUAACAUGACAUAAAGCAUAACCUGUUCAAGCCUGCAUAGUGAAUGUAAGACAUCAUUUAAAGGAUU